GUGAACUCAUGAUUUUGGAACAGUUCAAAAACAUUCUUCCUGACAACAUUGCUACUUAUAUAAUAGAACACAGGGUUACUUCGGUGUCCGAAGCUGCGGUGGCAGCGGAUGAGUUUGUGUUACUUCAUAAGGGCAGGUUCGGAGGGCGCGCUGGAGCUCUACCCGUUUUUGAAGGAAGUAGAAGGGCUGUUGAUGUUGGUUCAUUGGGGAUGGAUCCAAAGAAAGUGGCUUGGGAAAAAUCUGAGGAUACUUGUAACUAUUGUCGUGAGAAAGGCCAUUGGAAACCAGAAUGUCCGGCGCUUAGAGCAAAAUCCAAGGGAGGAAGAUUUGUGGGUAAACCAGUUGCAUUAGCUGUUCCUGUGAAAAGCUGCUGUGUUAACGAGGUGCUUACGGACCACUUAUGGGGAUCAGAGGUUUUAGCGUCCUAUGAUCCUUUUAUAAGAGAGGGCUUGGUGUCAUUGGUAGGUAGCAAUGUCAGAGUUCAAUUAACAUUUUGAGGGAUACCGGUGCAUUUGACUCCUUUAUCGUUGACUCUGUUCUGCCUUUGUCUGAGGAAAGUGACACUGGUGACACGGUUCGGAGUCGGGGGAUGGGAUUAACGGUUUUCCCUGUUCCUGUUCAUAAAAUGUAUCUUGACUGUGACCUUGUUAAAGGGGAGGUAGCUAUUGGUGUACGCCCAGCUUUUCCAAUCAAGGGGAUACAUUUCAUUCUGGGUAACGGUUUGGCAGGUGGUAGAGUCUGGGCUGAUGUUCCCUCUGUGUUGUUAGUCACUGGUGGUCUGAUGGAGUCAGGAUCUGAGAAGUGCUCUACAGUGAUGCCAGACGUCACGGCCUCGUGUGUGAUCACACGUGCUAGGGCGAAAAGGGAUCAUGACUUGCUACCAGAUGGAAAGUCAACUGACACAGUGGAGGUUCCAUCUUUGUCUGACUUUUCGGUAUUACUUACACACCAUGAGGUGGGAGAGGAGCAACGUCAGGAUUCUUCGUUGAAAGACCUUUUUGACUGUGUUAAGCCAGUUGCACAGGGGGAAAACACUUCAAGUGGAUACAUGUUGCAUAAUGACUUGUUGUUUAGAAGAUGGGUUCCUGUGGCUGUUGAUGGUGGGGGAACUGAGGUUUUCCAGCUGGUGGUGCCAACUAAGUUUUGUCCUCUGGUCCUGAAAGUCGCACAUGAUGAGUGUGGACACUUUGGGGUUCGGAAAACAUAUUUGAACAUCCUGAGACACUACUUUUGGCCACGUCUAAAGAGAGAUGUGUCGCAGUAUAUUAGAACAUGUCAUGAGUGUCAGCUAACAGGGAAACCAAACCAGAAGAUCAAACCAGCACCACUACAGCCGAUACAAGUGUGCUUCUCAGAUACUGGUGUUGCUAAAGGUGUGGCUGGGUGCUGAAGGCGAGGAUUGCUGUGUGAAGGUGGUGUAUUUCAUUGGGGUUCUGGGGGAGUGCCAUAUGUGUGGUUUUGUUUUCC